CCCGCAUUCCUCGCGCUUCGCCACGGCGCCUCCCUACUGAAACAUGUCGGCUCCUACGGAUUCGACCACGAACGGUGGUAGCGCCGCUCCUGGUAACGACUCGGGCCUCGAGCAACCUACCGAUGCUGUGCAGAUGAAGAAUAUCCCUCAGACAUCUGAGGCGGAUGAGAAGCCUGGAGACGAGGCGAUAACCGAUGCGGCCAAGGACACUCCUGCCGUCGCGACGCCAUCUGCCGACCCUGAAUCUACUGACCAAGCCAAGACAUCUGCUGUGGACUCAUCAUCAAAAGGCAAGCAGAUUGACAAUACUCCUGAGUCUGCGGAAAAGAUUGAAGAGUCAGUCAUGGCCAUCGGCCCUGCUGAAGAGGAGAUCAAGCCGGCUGGAUCUGGUCCUGAUGGCCCAGUUUGCAACAUUACCUUGCUGCUAGCGUCUGGUGGCCGACACCCAUACAAGAUUGACGCGAAAUAUCUGAGCAGAAGGCACGUCGCCAUGCCCGACCAGGAUGAGAGCGGUAACCCCGAUCCUUUCAGCAUCAGCAUCUACACAUUGAAGGAAUUGAUUUUGCGGGAGUGGAGAUCCGACUGGGAGGCCAAGCCGGCCAGUCCCAGCAGCAUACGGCUGAUCCAUUUUGGCAAACUGCUGGAUGACAAGGAGCAGCUGAAGAAAUAUCAGUUCAGUCCCGAUAGCCCCAAUGUGGUCCACAUGAGCAUCCGGCCCCAGGAUCUUGAUGAGGAGGAACCCAAGUCUGGCAGCAAGAGCCUCCCUACUGGCGCCACAGAUGGGGACCGCGUACGAGAGGGCCGUUGCUGUGUCAUUCUAUAAAGCAAUCCUAGCGUGUGGUACGAACAGCGCUGACUGUUUCGUAUUUUGUGCUUUCUCUUGUUGAAACAUACGGUGGCAAUUAUACGUGUUCGGACGCUACAAGGAUGUGUUUGCAUAGACCCUUGUCUUUUGAGACGGGUAUCUGGGCCAGUGCUCAAGUGGUUUCUGAAGUUGCACUGACUUGCGUGAAAGCACUCAGCGAUUCAGCACCACCUGUGCGCGAAAGAGCCCAGUGUCUCUCAUUCAUAUUUGCCUGCUGUUUUUGCAGCUGCUUUAUGCUGCCUUGAGCUUUUUAGUACUCCCUCCCCCUUUUGCGUGUGUUUUAUUAUUGGUUUUAUUUUAUUUUAUUUUACUUUAUUUUAUUUUUCGUUUAGCCAUUCAGGGAAGCAGCGCGAUGGGAAUUCAAGACGCGGAAGAAUUGGGAAAAUAGGGAGUCAUAACCGGCGCAUCAUCAUGUCAUUGCUUCAUGUACAAUUGUAACCUCUGCUUCGGUUCUCAUACGCUCUUUUUUUUACUUAAUAGUAGUGGACUUAGUCCCCAGAAACGGGGAUGACUGUUGCUAUAGCAGGAUAGAAAUGCAGAACAUAUUAUUAUC